GCGGCCGUCAUGGCUGGAAACCAAAAUGGAGUCCAAGCCAUUAUUAAAAAAACUUAUCCAAAAGCCCUAUUUAUUCACUGCUAUGCCCAUCAACUGAACCUAAUUUUUUUACAUGGAUCAAAAAAUAUUAAGUCCGUCCGUAUUUUUAUAAGCGACCUUACAAUGUUUCACACAUUUUUCAGUAGAUCACCAAAACGAACUGAGCUGCUUCGGGAAAAAGGUUUUAAGUUGCCAAAAAGUUGUGAAACAAGGUGGAAUUACCAUUCAAGAGCAGCAGCUACUAUAAGUACACAUUUUAAAGAACUACAAAAAGCGAUAUCGUAUGUAACAGAGGGGGAAGACUGGGAUCCGAUUUCUAUAAGUACAGCGUAUGGGUUACUGCAUAAAUUAUCAAAUCAAAAAUUUGUGUAUUUAUUAUGUCUGUUUCAUCGAAUAUUUAUAUACUCGGAUCAUGUAUUUUUAAUACUUCAAACAAAAUGCACUGCGGAUGUACAAACUUGCAUAAAUGAAAUAAAAAAUUUAUCUACACAAUUAUCAGCUAUGAGAAAUGACCAAAAUACUAUAACCGAGUGUUGCGAGUCUGCAAUGGAAUUGAAUAACGAACUUCAAUAUACAGACAAAGAUAUAAAUAGUCUCAAAAAUCUGACGUAUGAAAUAUUGGACUCAAUAAUUAUCCAAACUGAAGUUCGAUUUCAAGAUUUUCACGUUUUGAAAUUUAUUGAGCUCGCAAACAACAAUGAGUUUAUUAAUUACAAAAAACAUUUUCCAAUUGAGAAACUAAAUCAACUACUAAAAGUUUUCCCAGGAGUAUUCGAACAAGAGAGAUUACAAAAUGAAUUAACAGUUAUUUACAAUGAUAAUAACAAACAUCUUCCACCAAAAGAAUUGCUGAAUUAUAUUAUUAAAGCUGAGUUACAAGAAGUGUACGUAGAGCUUACAAAAUUGUUACAAUUAAUUUUGUGUAUUCCUGUAACAACGGCUUCUAGUGAAAGAAGUAUGAGUACUUUAAAAAGAAUCAAGACGUUUCUAAGAAAUACAAUGACACACGAUAGAUUCUCAAAUUUGUGUACUAUGGCUAUCGAGAAGAAAAUGUUGAGUGAAUUAGCCACUGACCCAACAUUUAUUGACAAUGUCAUUGACUUAUUUUCUAAGACAAAAAAUAGAAAAAUAGAUUUAACGUAUAAAUUAACGUAAAUUUGUUUUUAAACUUCAUGUUAAUGCGAGUU